CCCAAGUCGGACGAGCAGCCACACAACAGACACCAUCUGCCACCAUCACAAUCCCCUCUCCCCUUCAGCAUUGCAUCUUUGCCGAUGCGGGCGCAUCUCCUCAUCCUCUUGCUGGCGCUUCUGACGUCUUGUGCCGCGGCUUUCCAGAUUCCCUGGGAAGCCUUGCCGUUCGCAAGCAGGCUUCAGUCGGCAGUCUUUGAUAAGCUGUAUUGGGCGGCAAGCCCGGCCCCGCAAACGAAGGUCAUCAGCCUGCGACAUGUCUACCACCAGGGCACCGUGCGCUACCCGGGUCUUUCUGCCCGCCUCGAUCUUGGCGAUGGCUCCAUCUCCGCAUCAUCCAGCGACAGCAACAACAUUCGAGGAGUUUUACGCACUAAGCGUGUAAAGACUUGGAAGCCCAGAGACACCCGUGACUACCUGCACGCUCACAGGAAUGGAGACGGCAUAGGCAUCAAGUCAAGCCUCAACGACAUGGACUGGGACGAGAUUGAGGUCGAUGCUCCAGAUGUACAGGAUCGAGAGACGCUCUUGACAUUGGCCAAGAUGGCGAGCAAGGCAUACGAAGAGCCCAGUAAGAAAGGCGAUGGCGACUGGACCAUCGGGGGCAAACAGGAGUGGAAUCUAUCUUCAUCCUUUGGCUGGGAAAAUGAUGGCAUCCGCGGUCACGUCUUCGCCACGGAGGAUAAUUCGACCGUAGUUGUGGCUCUCAAGGGCACGAGUGCCGCCUUGCUUGACAAUGGCUCAACUUCGAAGCGUGACAAGGAUAAUGACAACCUCUUCUUCUCCUGCUGCUGUGCUCGUGUCGGCUGGACCUGGCACACUGUAUGCGACUGCUACGAGGAUGGACAAAAGGCACAGUCGAGCGCCGCAUCCCUUUCGCCUGGCUCGAGCUCCGAUCAGCAAACAUGUGGCUCUACCUGCCUUUCCAAGGCCCUGAUCAAGAAGUCGUUCUACUACCCCGCUACGACGGACCUAUUCAACAACAUAUCGUACGCCUACCCCAACUCCCAGAUCUGGAUCACCGGUCACAGUCUGGGAGGAGCGCUUGGCGCGAUGCUCGGAAUGACAUUCGGCAAUCCGACGGUGACAUUCGAAGCACCUGCAGAGCGUAUGGCCGCCCUCAGGCUGCACUUGCCCCUCCCAACCAAGCAUGGCAAGCUGCAUGAGUUACCCAUUACCCACGUCUACCACACUGCCGACCCCAUCCCAAUGGGUGAAUGCAUUGGGGCUGCUUCUCUCUGCGCAAACUUUGGUUUCGCUAUGGAAUCGCGCUGCCAUUCCGGUCACACAAUUCUGUACGACACUGUUGAGAAGCUCGGGUGGUCGUCAAGCGUCGUCACCCAUCGGAUCGCUACGCUGGUGGAAGAUCUGCUGUUGGAAGACUGGGACAAGAAGGUUUCAAAGGCAAAGGCGAAGCUGAACAACAAGACAGAGACCAGCCGUUGGCGUUUUCCCUGGUCGCGAAAGGACCAGGAUGAGCCAGACGAAGAAAAGGUCGGCUCGGUGCCUCGCCUGCGAAGCGAGGCAAAGUGCAGAGAUUGCUCUGACUGGAAGUUCACCGAUGACGAUGGCAAGGACUCCGUUGGCCUUGGGAUCUGACGUCUUGUGCCGUCUUUUUCAAUUGUAACAAUAUACCUUCUCUUGAGUUUUGCAUGAUAAUCGAGCUUGCAUGAUAAUCGAUAACACAGUCGCAAAUGCGGCUCUUCGACGGGAC